AUGGCCAUCACGGAAACUUCGUUAUAUGCUCAUUGCCCAACUUGCAACUGUUCCCUACAAGUCCCCGCCGCUCAGAAUUGGAUCGAUCCGCACGAUAGUUCUCCGUGCUUACAUCUCACCCAUAACAAUGUCAUUCAUUCCUUACGUGAAUCACCCAAGCCGUUGAACAACCAACCUACUACGUAUCCACUGGAUCUAAUCAGCCCAACCAAUAAACGUAUAAAAGCAGGUGAAAUCCUAGACUAUAUCCGGAAAAUAAUAAAACAACAAACCUUGUGCAAAAAGCACGAACAGGUGCUGGAUCGAGCGCUGGUUGAAUUACAACGGAGUUAUCAAGUGCCCACUGAUUCGGUAGAGAAUAGCAAUCUAUCGUGUGAUGAACUGGGUGGACAGACGGACCAGGCUCUAAUCUAUAGCUUUAUCCAAUUGAAAAAAAUUGCUCACUGUCAUCAUUGUCGAGCACCGGUCAAGGACAGAUCCAAUGAGUCGGUUCCGUACGAUGGUACCUCCGGAUCCCGCACUAAUCACGCCGGUUUGAUUUGGGCUUUGCUUCGUAACUGGUGUGAUGUGUUUCGAUCUCGUCGACCGCAUGCACGCAGGCACAGGGACGUCGUUCGGAACGAGAAUGCGGAUGCCGGUCCAAGGAAUCGGCUAGUUGGUUCGGAGCCGUUCUUUUCUACCGUGGACUGUGGCACAGACCGCGUUGACAAGUCGGACUACUGUUGGCAAUGGCUCCUCACUCAGACCGAGCCAGUAUUGCUGAAAGACAAAACAACCCGGUGUAGUAAUCACGUAGAAAAUUAUUCCAAACUUUUAGAAAACCUGACUCCCAACAUAUCAUAUCCCACUUCACAUUCAUGUUUCUCUUUUUCGUGGUCCUAUCGAUCAGAUCGUCUCCGUUAUGCCAAAGCAGCUGGCAUUCCUCUUCGGACUCGAAGUCAUAGCAUGUCGGAGAUUUCAGUAAGUGGCAUCAAAUGA